CUUCUUCUUCCUUGCUCUUCUUCUCUCUUUCCCAAAAAACCCACCCAAAUUUCUCUCUUCCCAAAAUAUCCCUCAUGUUCUUCCCAUUCUAACCCAAACUCCUCUCUCUCCUUCCACCAUGGGCAACACCAUCGCCAAGUUCUCACCUUGCUUCAAUGGCGGCGGCGGCGGCGGCGGCGCGGCCGCCGCAGCACCGCCGGAGCCCUACGACGAUCCCAACCUCGGGCACGCCUUCUGCUACCUCCGUCCCAAUGACACUACCAUCUUCCGAACGAUCUCCGGCGCUGCACUCGGCGCCAACGCCUCCACGCCGCCAUCCACGUCGGAGCUCCACUCCCUCACCUCUCACCUCACCUGGCCGGCGGCGGCUAAUACCGCCGCCUCCGGCUUCGAGAGCUCGACCUCGUUCUCCUCUGUUCCGCUCCAACCCGUCCCUCGCUUCUCCUCUGGUCCUCUUUCUUCCUCUCUCGCCGAUCGUGGAUUUCUCUCCGGCCCCAUCGAGCGUGGCUUCCUCUCCGGCCCUAUCGAUCCCCGCUCCACCUCCACCUCCACUGGAUCCUCCAAUCUCAUCGGCAGCAGUAAUCGAACCACGGAUUCCUCCGAUUCAAUUCCCAUUCCCAAUCGGAGCAAUCUCCAUUGGGCGCAAGGCAAGGCCGGAGAGGAUCGCGUCCACGUCGUCGUCUCCGACGAGCACGCCUGGCUCUUCGUCGGCAUCUACGAUGGAUUCAAUGGCCCCGAUGCCCCAGAUUACCUUCUUUCCAAUCUCUACUCCGCCAUUCACAGUGAGCUCAAAGGGAUCCUCUGGGACGACGAAUCACCGAACCCUAAUUGGCCGGAGAACCAUCUGGCGGUGCUGAAAGCUCUCUGGAAAGCCUUGAAGAAGACGGAGGAAGCCUAUUUAGGGAUCACUGACAAGAUGGUGAUGGAGAAUCCGGAGCUUGCUCUGAUGGGUUCUUGCGUCCUGGUGAUGCUGAUGAAGGGGGAGGAUGUUUAUCUGAUGAAUGUUGGGGAUAGCCGUGCUGUUCUUGCUCAAAGAUUGGAUUUUUAUUCUCGGAACUCCAUUGAAAAGGAAAACCAAGGUCUUGAGAUGAUGAUGAUGAUCACUGAUGGAUUGCAUGAUUUGGCUGCUCUGCAACUCACCAUUGAUCACAGCACUUGUGUUCUUGAGGAAGUGGAGAGAAUAAGAGAUGAACAUCCUGAUGAUGCUUGUGCUAUUGUGAAUGAUCGAGUGAAAGGAUCGUUGAAUGUUACUCGAGCUUUCGGUGCCGGAUUUCUCAAACAGCCGAAAUGGAACAAUGCGCUUCUAGAGGUGUUCCGAAUUGAUUAUAUCGGGAACAAACCAUAUCUCUCAUGCACGCCGUCUCUUUAUCACCAUAAAAUCAGCUCGAAGGAUAGAUUUCUGAUACUGUCAUCAGAUGGACUUUACCAGUACUUCACUAACGAUGAAGCCGUCAGUCAAGUCGAAUUGUUCAUUACAAUGUGCCCCGAAGGUGAUCCGGCACAACAUCUUGUCAAAGAAGUUCUUUUCCGAGCAGCAGCAAAAGCUGGCAUGGAGUUCCAUGAAUUGCUUGAAAUUCCACAAGGAGACCGAAGACGGUACCAUGAUGAUGUUUCGAUCAUUGUUAUUUCCUUGGAAGGAAGGAUUUGGAGAUCUUGUGUGUAAAUAGACAUAAAAAUACGAAAAGAAAUACAUACACAUGCACACAGAAAAACAAUGUCAGAUGAAACUCCGGGAUAUAUACUCUGCCAUUGCAUCAGAGUUAAAACUCAGACCGAUUGAUCCAAAUUGGUGUGUUCUUGAUUUUGCGAUCAAUAUGUUGAGGAUCGAAAUAAGAAAAGCCGAGAUUUUGUAUGAAUGCUGCUGAUGUAGAACUAUAUUGCCCAUUUGCUUAUUUGGAGCCUGUGAUUUCUGAAAUAUUGGUAAUACUGCCAAUGCAACAGUAAUGUUUCACCGUGAUAUCUUUGAAUAGUAUGAUCAAAUUAUGUUAUUGUCUUGACUCGAGCAUUGUGAAAUUUGGUUCAUCUGUGACUUUUCGGCAUUAUUUCUCUCGUUGAGUGUGUUGAAUAUGAACUUCUAGA